AUGGGCUGCGUCCAGAGCAUCGCCUGCAAGGCGCGGGUGCGGCGCGAGAACAUCGUGGUGUACGACGUGUGCGCCACCAUCGACCAGUGCCCCACGCGCAUCGAGGAGACCUCGCCCAUCGUCCUGCGCUACAAGACCCCCUACUUCAAAGCCUCGGCGCGCGUGGUCAUGCCCCCCAUCCCUCGCCACGAGACCUGGGUGGUGGGCUGGAUCCAGGCGUGCAACCAGAUGGAGUUCUUCAACACCUACAGCGACCUGGGCAUGUCGAGCUGGGAGCUGCCUGACUUGAGGGAAGGGAGAGUAAAAGCCAUCAGUGACUCAGAUGGGGUGAGCUACCCUUGGUACGGGAACACCACAGAGACUGUGACCCUGGUCGGCCCCACCAACAAGAUGUCCAGGUUCUCCGUCAGCAUGAAUGACAAUUUCUACCCCAGUGUGACAUGGGCAGUGCCAGUGAGCGACAGCAACGUACCCCUGCUCACCAGGAUCAAGAGGGACCAAAGUUUCACCACCUGGCUGGUAGCCAUGAACACAACCACAAAGGAGAAGAUCAUUCUGCAGACCAUUAAGUGGAGGAUGAGGGUGGACAUUGAGGUGGACCCCCUUCAGCUCUUGGGACAACGGGCCCGGCUGGUGGGCAGGACUCAGCAGGAGCAGCCCCGGAUCCUGAGCCGGAUGGAACCCAUCCCCCCCAACGCACUAGUGAAACCCAAUGCCAAUGAUGCCCAGGUCCUCAUGUGGAGGCCCAAGCGGGGGCCACCUCUGGUUGUGAUUCCUCCUAAGUAG